UGAGAGAGAAACAAAAGCUUGACUUGGCUUUAAACGACCCGAUUCGGGACACAACUGCACCACCUCCGCCUCUUCCUCCUCCUUUUCAUGGAUUUGUUAGAUUUUCUUUCCUUCCAAACAACAAAAUAAGUUUCGAAAUAUGAUUGUUUCUCGCAAUGCUUUGGCUUCAAAACAUCUUCUCAUCGUCGUCCCCUUCGACCUCAUUCUCUUCUUCUUCGAAAACCGAUGAUUGUGACGCCGCCGCCCUUGAUUUUAGGAAGAUUGAUACCUGUGAGGAUCAGCAUCAACGUCGCAUUCACCGUCGUGGUCGUCGGAUCGGAGUUAGUGGUCCCACGCUCACCCGGGCCAGGAAGCUCCGCCAUUUGACCGAAUACGACGUUGCCGCGUCGUCCUCAUUAAGGUCGCACGCCUCCGACGCUUCCGAUUUUGCUCCACUUUCGCUGUCGGCUAGCAGUUACGACCAAACCGCUACCUCGAAGUGUUCGUCCGUCGUGGCGGUGCCCUUGCCGUUGCCUUUGCCAGAGGGGAAAUCCGAUUUAGCGGACGGGGAAGGGCGAUUGCGGGCGACAAAGGAGGCUGGGCACGGUAGAGGCGUGGAGGAGAGGGAGCGUGAUGGGGUUCGAGAUAGAGGCAAAGAAAGGGAUGGAACGGAUGGGGCUGGUGAGGGAAUGUUAUCAAAUUCUCCAAUUGCCAGCAUAUUUGCUGGCCGAGACAAGAAGGCAAAGGAGUACUCAGAGAUGAGGCCAUCUAGGAUUGUGAGCCCAGAUUUGAAUUCAGAAAGUUAUCGGGAAAACUUUAGUCUUAGUGGUCCUGCCAGGAGUGUUCCUAAUAGUCCGUUUGCUAGUCCUAUACUUGCCCCACCGAGAAAAAGUAAUGCUGGUUUGUUUCCAUACCAUCACAUGGUUCCUAAAGGAAAUCAAGUCUGGUCUGCUCCGGAGAUGCUAAAUGUAGAUACUUCAGGGCUCCCUCCCCCUGCAUUCUUUGAUCACACUGCAUUUAGUACUGAUAGUUCUCCCCUUCAUAGUCCACAUAAUAGAAGUCCUCGAAGAAACCUCAGAAGCCCUAGUAGACCUACAUCCCCUUUCCAUACCAGAUUGUCACUUGAUACCUCGGCUCCGCGGCGGGAAGGUAGUGGUCAUACUGAAGUUCACCCAUUACCUCUUCCUCCAGGAGCAGCAUUGCCUUCACCAACUGCUCCCAUGUCUCAACCUAAGGGUAAAGCAGAGUCAUUGCCGAUGAAUUGCCAAUGGCAAAAAGGGAAGCUUAUUGGACGUGGUACAUUUGGAAGUGUUUAUGUCGCUAGCAACCGAGAAACUGGGGCUUUAUGUGCGAUGAAGGAAGUGGAAUUAUUUCCUGAUGACCCCAAAUCUGCAGAGUGUAUAAAACAAUUGGAACAGGAAAUUAAAGUUCUCAGUAAGCUGAAGCAUCCAAACAUAGUGCAGUAUUAUGGUAGUGAAAUAGUUGAUGACCGCCUCUACAUAUAUUUGGAGUAUGUGCAUCCUGGUUCAAUCAAUAAAUAUGUUCGUGAACAUUGUGGAGCCAUAACAGAAUCCGUUGUUCGAAAUUUUACUCGUCAUAUUCUCUCUGGGUUGGCUUACCUUCAUAGCACAAAGACAAUACACAGGGACAUUAAAGGAGCUAAUCUGCUUGUUGAUGCCGCUGGGGUUGUCAAGCUUGCAGACUUUGGGACGGCAAAACAUCUCACUGGAGCAGCAGCUGAUCUCUCUAUGAAGGGAAGUCCAUAUUGGAUGGCUCCAGAGCUCAUGCAAGCUGUUAUGCAGAAAGAUACCAACUCAGAUCUUGCAUUUGCCGUUGAUAUUUGGAGUUUGGGUUGUACAAUCAUUGAAAUGCUCACUGGAAAACCACCCUGGAGUGAGUUUGAAGGGGCAGCAGCUAUGUUCAAAGUUAUGAAGGACACUCCAGCAAUACCUGAAAAUUUUUCACUUGAGGGGAAGGAUUUCCUGCGUUGUUGCUUUCGUAGAAAUCCUGCUGAGAGGCCAACUGCUAACAUGCUACUAGAACACCGAUUCAUGAAAAGCUUGAACCUGGAUGUCACGCAGUCUUUAAAUGGGAUGAAAUUGAUGGAGAAAUCCUAUAGUCCUAGAGAGCAAACUGAAGCCAAGCUUCAAGCGCCAAGAAGGCAAGACUGACCAAUGAUCUCAUCAUGAAACUUCCUGACAUUUUGUACCGAUAUUCUUUAUCGCUGAACUUUGGAGACACUUCCUAAGUUUAUCUACUCUCCACCAAGUUCACAGUCCAGGCCAUGCCAAUUUUUCUGCAUUUAUUGCAAGCUCGACCAGUGAUGGACUGCCAUCCCAGAUAACAGGGAAGAUGGGUUUUGCAGCAUGUUUCCCUCACAAGCCCGGAAACCGGUUCAAAUAAAUUAACUCUGUUGCUGACCUUAUUUAGUGCUCUAGUAUGAGACUAGCUGCAUAAAUUUUUGCUGCUGCAGGUGCCUGUCCUCAUCUAAGCAAUUAGCCACCUCCGAAAAUUUCGGAAGCUUUUUUUGGUCCUGGAAGUAUAUAUAUCUUGGACUUGGGAGUAUAGAAGUAGGUUUUUGUAUAAUUUUCACUAAUUUAGAGCUUCUGCCCAUUACAGAGGCUUUUUAUUUUUUUAUGUGUAUAGAAGUACAGGAGUCAACAUUCUCAGUCACAUGUAAAUUUCGUUACGGUGAAAACGCACAAUUAAGAUUUUAAGAAAAAAAGGCUUCAUCA